AUGGACCCGUACCCAUGUCAUUCUCACUGGAAACAGUUUUCCGACCCAAUAACGCUUCUUCAACCGCCUGAUGAUCCCGAGGCAGAGGUCAAAUCGGUUCCCAAUUCUCGGCAGAAUCAUUACCUAGAGGGAAAAGAUGAUGGCAGACAGUCGGGAAAGAAGUCAUUCAAUUGUGAUCUCUUCCCAAAGUCUCGAGCCUCGUUUGCUACGGGGAAAGUUUCGCGGCCUAAGUUGGAGCUCCUGGAAGAAUCCUUAGGUUUACUUAAUGCGAGGAUAAAUGGUGUUAUGGAUGUGUAUGCGUGGAAACGGAGAUAUUAUCUUGGAGUUUAUGGCCAUACCAUGGUCAGAAGAAAUAAAUCGAGGUACUCUUGA